AUGGCACUGAACGCAGAGAAUUUGUCGCAUAAUAUGGGUGUCAAAAAUCUGUACGAAUCUCAUUUGGAUGAUGAAAACUAUUCUUCCGUGGAGAAUUACGGUAUUAGAGAGCUAAGACGCAAGCUACACACUGAAGCAGAACAGCGUCGGAGAAAUGCUAUUAAGCGAGGCUUCGAGAGUCUUCUAGAGCUAGUUCACCCAAUAAAAAAUGAUCCGGCUCCUUCUGUUCGUAUGAGUAAAUCCAGCAUUUUACACAAAGCGGUAUCAAUGAUUGAAAGGCUUGGAAGACAAAAGCACCAGAAGCUUUCGGAAGUUGAGAGCUUGGAAAGGGAAGUGAAAGCUCUUCGAAUAUUGUGUUUGAAUUAUGAGAAGAUGGUUCAGAAUAGUCCAAAUAGUGAUUGUAGAUCUGUCGAGCCUGUUUCAGAUGAAAUGAAACUGGAAGUGUUUCAGAUGUUCUCUGGUGCCUUGUUCAACUCAUUUGAAGAUCAUAUUGUGUUCAAUUCAUUUUCAGAUCUUUCAGCAUCAGUAAUCAACUGGAUUGAAGAAAGCUGUAAACCUGAAAUGCACUGUUAA